AUAUAAGAGUGUUCUACCACUACAAUACAAGUCACUUCUUGUCCUUCACCAUUGAAAGACAACACAGGCCAAUGGGUGAACAAUCUAGAAAAUUUGCAAAGAAUGGCAAGGAUUUUCUUUGUCCAUCUCUACACGGAGAUAAAUGGUGCAGGGUCUAUGAUAGUGACUCGCAUGAAACUACACCACAAAUUAAUCCCAACUAGAGCCCAAGUUUUAAAACUCUAGCCGGGUGAAGUAUAGAGCAAGUAUUUAAAUUGUCAACCCGGACCGGUCCAUGUACCCCCUACUUCAAUCGCUUAAGUUGUUAUCUAGAAAAACGGUUUUGGGUUUUAAAACUUAGAAAACUAAGAACUAAACUAGCAAGGAAAAGUCUAACUAAGGGAGCUUCACCCGGGAUUUGCUACCCCCUAACUAGCUACCACGACUCGUUGGAUUGAAUGGAGUUGUGUGGUGUAGAUGGUUGUGAACCGCGGGAGUGAGCAACUAGUGAUCGAUUUGUCACGGAAUCAAAUCACUAGAGACCGAUUUGUCACGGGAUCGAUCCACUCAUCAAGUCUAGGGGAACCGCUAGGAGGAGCAACUAGUGAUCCAUUUGUCACGGGAUGGAUUCACUAGAGAUCGAUUUGUCACGGGAUCGAUCUUUUCACUGAGUCUCUAGUGGUUGCCUAGGUCUUUCCCUCAAACCGGAGUUUGAGCGGCUUAAUCACAACCAACCUAGAUGCAAACUUGAGUUAAGAGGGAUGUUCACUUCUAUCCUAGAUAUAGACACAAAGAGCCCAAGAAAACCAAGCUUGUCAAGCCUACCUAAAAAGGUGUGGUUUUCCUCAAAUCUAGGUUAGGCAAGCACACAAGAUUUGGAAAGCACAACUAAGCACAAUCACCAUGAAAGCACAUCUAAUACUCAAAUUGAUGCAAACCCAUACAAAGUCAUUCAAUCUAAACAAGUAAUUACAAAGUAUUGGUUAGGGAUCUACAACACCCAAGAGAAAAGAGUGAGUUUCUAGAGAGAGAGAGAGAGGGAUUACAAAUUUGAGCUCGAGAUCUUUUUCUUCUUCUAGGCUUGAAUCCUUGUCCACCCAAGCCUCCAAUGAGCCUCCCUAGAACUCCCCCUUGGUGUUUUGGGCAAACCCUAGAGAAAGAAACCAAUUCUUCUCCAAAAACCAGCUCCCCUUUCUCUCUCCCCGCGGUUGACUUCAUAUUUACCCGAAAGCGAUCAGUUCACGGAAACGUUGGCCAGUUCACGGCCGUGAACACCUAAACGCGUCCGUGAACUCAGUCGUCUCCAAAACGCACUGCCUUGCUUCUUGGGUUCACGAACUACAUUGUCGUCAGUAACUUCAGGAACCUCGCUGGACGCCUCGGUGUUCACGGUUUGUGGUCGAAGUUCACGGUCUUAGGUGACCGUGAACUGCCUCGUCCGGCCGUGAACUGCGGCUAUUUCCUGGGACGCCUUCACUUCACUGUUACGAGGCAAUUAUCAUGGUCUUCGGGCUUUUCUUCGGUUUUUGCACCUUUUGACCUCUAAUUAUCCCAAAAUUCGACCUCGACCCUUUCACAUGUGCUAGGACCUGAAAUGUAUCAAAACAAACACAACCUAUCGUGAAAUAUGUCGAUGAACGAUGAAAUACUAAGCUAAACGAAUAAAAAAAUGAGGGGUAAAAUGUGUACAUUUGGGCCCGAAUCAGAUAGCUACAGACUUCCCAGUCAUUAAAGUUGCUGAACUCAACAGAAUGAGCACAAUCCCCAUUCCGAAAGAAAUCAAAGCCAAUGUGAUGAGCAAGAAUGGGACCAAGGUGCCUGGGAAAGAUGGGUCUCAUGUCAUCUUAUUCCAGAAGUGUUCGGAGCACAUUGGCACCGACUCUUCUCCUUUCAUUAUUUAUUUAUUUACUUCUCCUGGUAUAAUUAGGGAAAUUAAUGAGACAUUGCUUACUUUGAUCCCUAAAGUAGAUGCUCUUGCGUCUACGAACCAAUUUAGACCUAUUAGCUUAUGGAAUGUUACCUAUAAAGUGGUGGCGAAGUGUAUAGCUAACAUGUUGAAAGCUCUUAUGCCUCAUCUGGUUCACCUGAACAAGUCUAGCUUUGUAACUAAUCGGCACAUCAUUGAUAAUAUUGUUAUAUUUCAGGAGACAGUUCAUUCAAUGCCGAGCAAACUAGGCAAGAAAGGGUACAUGCUGCUCAAAGUUGAUAUUGCAAAGGCAUACAACAAAAUUGUCUGGGACUUCAUGGAAGAGACCCUGACGAGUGCCAAUAUACCGAACAUAUGCAUCAUUUUAUAGUGCACUUCAAGUAAAGGAUUACAUAAGGGAUGUGCUUUCUCAAGCUAUUUCUUUACUUUGGGCAUUGAAAGACCGAGUGCAUUAAGAAAGAUGUAGAGAAUGGUAAAUGGAAUUUGAUUAGACUCUGCGUUGGGGGACCAAUAUUGACUCAUCUAUUUUUUUAUAUUGACAUGUUGUUUUCUGAAGCCAACUCUAAACAAGUUGAUAUUGUUGUUGAUUGUUUGGAGAAAUUUUGUGUUGCUUUCGGAGAACUUAUUAGCAAAGAUAAGUCUAGGGUUUUCCUCUCCAAAAGUUUUAGAUUAGGAAAAGAAAGUACAUUUAUGAUACGCUAAGUAUCUCAGGCUACUACUAACCUAGUAAAUAUUUAGGGAUGCUUGUCCUCUAUGGCAAUAUGACUCAGGAGACCUACAAGUACAUCCUGAAAUUUUUGGAUAAGAAGCUUAAUGCAUGGAAAGCUAAGACCUUGUAGUUAGCCGGUAUAUAUAGUUACCAUUGCCACCUCAUUGCUUAAUGCAUUUUCCACAUCUGCAAUGCAAAGAACCUUAUUACCUAUUGGCUGCUGCUAUUUGUGAUGAGAUUAAUAAUAAAGGAAGGUGGUUUGUUUGGGGGUUCGGAGGAGGGAAAAUAUAAAGUCCACCUGGUUCGUGGUCACGAUGGUAAACAGAAAAGGAGCUCCGAGGAGAGUGAUGGAAUUGAGAAGACUUACAGAGUUGUGGUUUCCUGUUGCUGGUGGAGAAAGGCAAACAAAAAAAGUUUCGGUCUUCAAGGAAAACCAUGGGAACAGUACGUUGUGCCUGAUUACCUCUCUACUUACAAAAUCUUAAACCAUGAAUUGCAUGGUUAAAAUUGAAAGUUGUCAUUGUACAUGGAUGAACUUGUUGUGCGUUCCAUCAAACCUGGUUGCUUGGGGACCUACUCAAUGCGCAAUAAUGUUAUCAUUUUGUU